CAGGUAGAUUUGUUUGGCACGUCUGUGCUUGUCUGUCAAAUGUCUGAAGAGCCGUCGUUGCCUCGACUGCCUGCGGUCUCGUGGGAUGAGCAAUCCCAAAGCUUCUCCAACCAGCCCCGCAAGCGUCACCGUAGUUCGCGGGCAGGGAAUCCUUCGUCGCCCUUGAAUUUCAAUUCCAGCGACCCUGCUGUCUUCUCUAGUGACGAUGACCCGGGCCUUGACAACUAUGUGGAAGGGAGAAACAAGAGGCGCUACGUUGGAUCAUGGUUUCAGCAACAGCUUGAAACGGCAGAUGAUGCUACCCCUGCUCCCAUUCAGACAAAACGCUUUUUGAAGAGGGAUUUCGACAGUGGUGUCUUUCUUGGGAGUGAUGCCACCGAUGGCGAAGACCUUAUGGACGGCUUGGAACUCCCGGCUCUGCCAAAGCUACCGCAGUUGGGAACCCGGGCCGUGCCUCGAUUGUCUCAGGCAGAAAUAGAUGCUCUGCGCAAGAUUCAAGACUGCCUAGAGUCGGGCAAUGAAGCGAUAGAUCUUUGGUCCAUGGGCUUGGAGGAAUUAUCGGAUGAUAUCGUCCAUCGCAUGAGUCAAAUUGCUUGUAUCCCGGUCGUGGCUAGGGACGUGGCCUUUGUGCAGAAGGAGCCGGAGCUGAAGCUGUUCCUGUCAUUGAACAGAUUGACACGACUACCUAGCUCACUUUUCGAUAUCAAUCAUCUCACGGUGCUAAGCCUCCGUGGGAACCAGCUCACAGAGCUUCCCUCAGCAAUCUCAAAGCUAAGGAAUUUAAAGCAACUCAACAUAUCGCAGAACCGAUUUAGGCAUCUGCCUGCCGAGUUUCUCGAUUUAUUCAAGGUCGGGGGGAACUUUCGUGAACUGUCCCUCUUUGUCAAUCCGUUCCUACAACCAGAGCAACCCGCUCCGUCUGUCGAAGAUGACGGUCAGAGGCUCUUCCAACCAACACCGUACGAGACACGCACAUACAAAUGGAUAUUCGAUCAUGACACAGUCCCACGAUAUUUGACCCGAUGGCUUGGCCGAUCUCCGUUACAGAUCUCUGACUCUAAUGGCCAGAUUCUGUCAGAGUUCCGUCUUCCAUCAGGAGAGGAAUUCGCGGAAAUACAUGUGCCAGUCGCGGUGUCUAGUGAUCAGUUUGGUCUCUCAGUUUCCUAUUCCCCACGGUCAUCUAAAGAGGAGGCGAGGCCAAGUGUUGUGCCCAGCUUAGUCGAGCUAGCGCUGCAGAGCUGCUAUCGCACCAGCCAGCUUCGUGAACUCGACUCGUAUAUUCCAGAAGGGCUCUCACACCUCAAAACACUGUUGCAGCGCGCCUCUUGGCAGAAAGAUAAUGGCGAGCUGAUUUGCUCAACAUGUCGAAAGACACUCAUUGUGCCUCGACUCGAAUGGAUUGAGUGGCGGGAGAUAUGCAGGGGCACCAUCUUUACAUCGGUAGAAUAUAACACUACAGAGAUGGUUACGAGGCCAUUUACCAAGGAUGAGAAGGAGAUGGCAGUGCCCUUUCUUUAUCGGGCAUGUUCGUGGCGCUGCGGACCCAAGGACUCGGAGAAGAAUAAGGGGUGGUCUUUGCCGAAUCCUGAAUCCGUGGAAGAAGCAGGUCCAGGAGCAGUUCAAGUGUGA